CGUCUGCAUGCAGGUUGUUCUUGAUGUUGGAUGCGGUACUGGCAUCCUUGCUAUACUCUGUGCUCAGGCUGGUGCAAAGCGGGUGUAUGCAGUUGAAGCAACUCAUGACAUUGCACAUGCGACAAGCAAAGUAGUUGAAGAUAACAAUCUUUCAAAUAUUAUCACGGUAUUGCAAGGACGAAUUGAGGAUGUUGAAAUCAAGGAACAAGUUGAUGUUAUAAUUUCAGAAUGGAUGGGCUAUAUGCUUCUACAUAAGAACAUGCUGGAAAGUGUUAUUACUGCCAGAGAUCGCUGGCUCAAACCAGGAGGUCUAAUGCUUCCUUCAAAGGCAACGUUGUACAUGGCUCCUGUUACAAAUACCAAAAGAUACGAGGAAAGCAUUAACUACUGGAAUAGUGUUUAUGGAAUUAAUAUGUCUGCAUUUAAACCAUUAGCAAAACAGAGUGCAUUCCUGGGACCUUGUGUGGAGACAAUUACUUUUGAAAAUGUUUUGGCAAGGCCACAAGUGGUGAAAUGCGUGAACUGUGAUUCUGUUACCAUUCCUGAGCUACGAUCUGUGACAGAAAGCUUUAAGUUCAACUCAACGGUGAAAGCACCGCUACAUGGUUUUGCGUUUUGGUUUGAUGUUGAGUUUGGACCAUCACCAAUGCCACUCAGUAUUCGUUACCCGACUUCAUCUGUUGACGAUCAUCCUCCGGUGGAUAGUCAAACAAGAAGAGACCCUACGCUGCUCCUGUCCACUGCACCUAAUGUCCUGCCAACACAUUGGCAACAGACCUUGAUAUACUUUUUUGAUCCAAAAGAUCUGAAACAAGAUCAACUCAUUGAAGGAAGAGUGACAUUGUCACAGAAUCAAGCAAGUUCCCGGCUUCUGGAUGUUAAAAUUGCAUAUGACACAGGAGGUCAAUCCCAUGUGAAAUAUUCUUUUCUGAGAUGACCGAGUUUGUUAUGAACUUAUCUUAUCAUGAAGGCCCCGUUCGUUUGCAGAGAAAGAAGGUAGAAAAUGAAAACAAUAACACUAAAAUGAUGUAAAAUUCAUACUUUUAUACUUCAAAAGUUUCAUCUUAUCUCACUUUCAUUCUUUCUGUUUCCACUCCACAUACCGGAAGUUUGAAACAGAGGCUGGAUAGUCUACCAGUAGUCAUAAAAAUUCAUUGUUGCCUUAUUAUGGGAUAUCUUCAUUUGAAUUUUCUAGCAUUUUAA